AUGCUGAGACCAGCGACUCACGCGGGUGCGUGGUACACGAACGAUGGCGGCAGACUCAGAACCCAAAUCGCCAAAUACUUUUCUGCCGCGGCCAAAAUCACUUCCCCAGUGGCUGGCGCCAGAAUCCUUGUGGGGCCUCACGCGGGCUACGCCUACCUGGGCCCUAGGCUUGCUGAAACGUUUGCUGCGUGGGAUACUAGUAAAGUGCGCAGGGUGUUUGUCUUGGGGCCCUCGCACCAUGUAUACUUUCGCCAGAAGGCCAUGGUCUCGCGGUACUCUAGCUAUGAUACUCCCUUGGGGCCUUUGCCUGUGGACACUGAGGUGUGCGCCAAGUUGUGCGCGGGAGGCCUGGCGGCGCCAUUUGGGUAUAUGCUGCUGGAGGUGGACGACGAUGAACAUCUGUUUGAGAUGCACGCACCGUUUAUUGCUUAUAGGGCGCAAGAGGAUGGCGUAGACGUGAAGAUAGUGCCUAUUAUGGUUAGUGGGCUCAGUCCUGCGUUGCGGGAGAAAAUAGUAGAGGCGCUAGCGCCGUAUAUGGAGAAGGAAGAAAAUACGUUUGUGGUGCUGUCUGACUUUUGUCACUGGGGCCGCCGGUUUGGCUAUACAGAGUAUGUUCCAGGGGAAGACUUGGACGAGUGCGAUGAGUAUAGCGAUAAGCGGGCGCGGGCGCCUGGGGCGAAUGCUAUUUGGCAGAGCAUUGAGUUUUUGGACCGCCUGGCGAUGGCUGUGGCCCAGAAAGGGUCUGCUGAUGCGUGGGACGAGUACAUUGAGGCUACGGGGAAUACCAUUUGUGGCCAGAAACCGUUGGGUAUAGUGUUGAGGUUGUUAGAAAAGACUGGCGGUGGUAGUAGCGGCAGCGGUGGUGGCUUCAAAUGGUUAGGUUACUCCCAGAGCUCGCAGGUCUUGAAACUGAACGAUUCCAGUGUUUCCUAUGCGUCCGGGUACGUUGCCGUUUAG